AUGAAAAGACCACCUACAGCUACAAGUGGUGGUAGAGGCGGAAAAGGACCAAUAGGGGCAAGAGGUGGAAGAGGAUCAUCUGCAAGUACAAGUGGUGGUAGAGGAGGAAGGUCAUUUAUUGAAGAAAUCUUUGAUUCACCAAUGGAAAAUGAAGUUAUAGACAUGUUUGAUAAUUUUGAGGAAGAACUACAUAGGGCUGAAAUGGAAAAGAGAGAAGGUGAACCUUUGUUGCAAUUCCCUAAAUCUCAAUUUGAUGAAGGAGUUCCUAUAACUCAAUAUGAUGGAGUGGCCGAAACUCAAGAUGUAUUGUCUGAAACUCAAUUUGAUAUUGAAUAUGCUAAUUCGGAAGAUCAAUCUAAUGUGGUUGGCGGGAUAGGAAUUGAUGUACCUGUUAUCCGUGCAAAGCUCAAACCAAGAAAGCCAUCUGGAAGGAUUAUUUAA